AUGAGUAGCGUAAAAGGAGAAGAAGAAAAUAAAAAGGAUGAGGAAAUUUUCAAGCUACGUAAAUUGGCUACUAUAUUUAAAAGCGAAUGUAAAAAGUUAAAAGAAGAAAAUGAGACUUUGAAAAAGAACGUACAUAUAAACAAAAAAGAAUUAACAAAAGAUGGUGGAGACAAUGGGGAAAGCCAAGUGGUAGAACAGCAUCAUAAUGAAUAUGCAAAAAGAACAAUGAUAGAAAAGAACUAUAAGAGGUUAAAAAAUUUCACACUGAUGCUAGAGGAAAAAAUAACAAAUAUGAAAAAUGAGAAUAAAAAAAGAUGCCAAGAUUUGGAAGAAAAAGUGAAAGGAUGUGAAAAUGAUUUAAGUAUGUUCGAAUGUGAAAAUGAAAAAUUGAAAAAAACAGUGAAGGAAAAAGAAGAAACAGUAGAUAAAUUAAAAAAUAAAAUGGAAGAAUUUCGAACAUACCUAAAAGAACAAAAAGGAAUGACAAGCAUGACAGAAAAUAUGAUAAAUCAAACAAUAGAAUACAAGCUUGAAAUAAAAAAAUUAAGAGAAAAUUUAGAUUUCUUAAAAAACAGUGAAGAAAUAACUUCGAAAGAAAGACAACAAUAUAGAAGUAUGAUUAUGCUAUGCUCCCAGUACAAAGAAAAAUGCAAACAACUACCAAUUUUAGAAAGUAAAAUUGAAAUGUUAGAAAAUAAAAUUAAAGAAUUAGAAAUUUUUAAAUAUAGAGAUAAAGAAAAAUUUGAAAAUAUUGUUGAAUUGAAAAAUACCAUUUUAAAUCAUCAAAUAGAAAAUAGUAAGUUAAAUGAACAACUAAAUGAAUGGACCAAAUUUUCAAAACUGUAUAUUGAUAGCAAAGCUAUAGACAUCGAAAGUAUGAAAAAAGCAAUGAAUGAAAUUCGAGGGAAGUACAACCAAGUUAAUUCGACCAAAACAGAUUUAGAAGUCAAGUACAAAAAAUUAAUUGUAGACAUGGAAAUUGUUAAACAAAACAUGGAAGACAAAAAUUUAGAAAUUAAAAUAAUCAAAAAUAGAAAUAGACAGUUGGAGAAAAUGUAUGAAUUUGUCAAAAGGGAUCACCUCCGUGAGCUAGCCAAAGACAAGGAAGCCGCUCCUAGAGGGGAUUCUACAUCUAGCACAGAUGGAGAAAAACAGGCAGUCGAAACAAACACAGGAGAUGGCAUCAUGAAGGAUAAAACGAACAUGCAGCAUGGUGAAACCCCACAGGGACAAACAAAUACUCAAAAGGAAGAAGAUGAAGAAAAAAAAAAAAACCAAAAGUUGAUGAAAAUUCUGACAGAAUAUAAAACAAUGUACGAUUUUGUAAAGACAGAUAAUGAACAAAAGGAAAGACUAAUAGAAGAGUUAUCCGAAAAAAUAAAAAAAUACCAAAUAGAGUUUCAAAAAUCAUACUUAAGGCAAAAAAAUGCAGAAACCAUUUCGAACGAAUUACAACUGCACGAAAAAGAGAUACAGAUACUUAAAGAAGAAAUUGAAAAUUACAAAAACAAAGUGGUGAAAUUAGAAAACGAUUUAAUUCAUGUGAAUAAUCAAUGGAAUGAUGAUAAUGAAAAAAAUGAAACUAUCAUUAACGAAUUAAAAGAAUCUAUAAAAAAAGCACAAUUCGAUAGCAAAAUAAACAAUUCUACUGUUUUGACUACCAAGCCUGCUAAUCUUACGAAGCAAGAAAUUACUACUACGGAUUUGAAAAAACAGAAAAAUAAUAUGAUAAAUAUAUUAUACACGGAUUUGGAAAAUCUCAAUUCUGUUGAUGAAAUCGAAUUUGCAACACUUAGAAAUGAAAAUUUAUAUUUAAAAUCCAAAAUUGAAGUUCUUAAGCUUUUUUAUUCGAAUCAAAUUAAGACUUAUAGGGAAGCAUUUCUUUACAUUCUAGGAUGGGAUAUCCAAAUCGAACAAACAGAUGAUGAUAUUUUUUUCAUUCUCACAUCAUUAUUCUCAACUCAUGAUGGUAAAUUUGUCUUUAUAAAGACUAACGAAUCGAAAGAUAAUAAACGUUUCUACAAUUCACACCCAGAUGAGGAGGUUCAAUCGAAACGUGUGAAACUGCAGGAGGAUUCGCAAACUGGUCUUGUUGAAGCGCAAGUAUGUACGUGUUCCACAUCAGAAGUGGUAGAAAAGAACCAUGCAGAGGCAGUAGUAGAACCAAAUGUGUCUCUUCCCCAGGAGGGUAGCAGUAAUAGUAGUAAUAAUAUUAUUAGUAAUAAUAUUAGUAGUAAUAAUAACAAUAGUAGUAAUAAUAAUGAUAAUAACAAGUGUGAGAAGAUGAAGGGGAACCCAUACGAAGGAAUGAUUGGUGAGAGGAACGAAAUAAACACGCAGGCGAUUAUGGAAAAAUCAAACCUUGAAAAUACAAACAUCAAAUUUUCAUCAAUAGUGAAAGGUUGCAAGUAUAGCUUAUUGCUACAUGGUUAUUAUGGUAUUAAGUGGAAUCAGAACGAAAAUUGGAAAAACCACAUAAAUAAAAUUAACACUUACCCAAUUCUUUUAUCAUUAUCCUGUAUAGAAGAAUUUAAUAACAUAAAGUCACAGUAUAGUAACAGCUUAGGGAAAAAUGCAAAGGGAAUGCUCUUUAAAUUAUAG